ACGAAAACCCAGACGGCGUUAAUGGCCCACUCCGUUUGUUUUAACCCCGCCGUGACGGCGAAUCUUUUCCCUCCCAGUGUUUCACGCAACAGUAAGUAAGUUUUGGCGGUAAAAUUGGGUCACAGAUGGGUACGUGUCGAUUUAUGAGUGGUAGGAAACGCGCGUAUAUAAUUGUAUACGCAUGUGUAUGUAUUCUCCGUGUUGUUUUUCCCGCGCGAGAUAUAUCCUUUUUAGGGUUUGCCGCAUAAUCGGACCCCAUUCUAGAGAGAAGUCAGGUGAAGAUAGAGAGAGACACUUAGAGGAGGGAAAUUUGUAGGGUUUGCGGAGAUCUCUGCGAUUCUUCUGAAUUUGUCGAAUUUUUUGGAGGAGGCGUUAGAAGUCGGACUUGUUAAAAAUUUAGAUCUUCUGCUCAGCUUUAAUCGGCGACGUUUGGUUUUGGGAUCUGUGACACAAAAAGCUGCGUUGGAGACUAUGGAAGAGGUUCAGCCUCCAGUGACCCCGCCCAUUGACCCAAAUGGGAAAAGAAGCGAAGCGUCUCUUUUGGACAUAUGCGAGAAAGUUCUGUCUCUUGAUGGGAGCACUUGCGAUGAAGCUUUGAAGUUGUUUACAGAAACCAAACGAAUUUUGUCAGCAAGCAUGUCUAACAUUGGAAGUGGAACGCGGGAGGAAGUAGAGAGGUUCUGGUUUGCCUUUAUUCUCUAUUCAGUGAAGAGGCUUAGUGUGAGAAAAGAAGCGGAUGGUCAGUCAGUGUCUGGUGAUAAUGGGUUUAAUCUAUGUCAGAUUCUGAGGGCUCUGAAGCUAAAUAUUGUGGAUUUUUUUAGAGAGUUACCUCAGUUUGUGAUCAAGGCUGGAUCUGUACUAGGUGAACUUUAUGGCGCAGACUGGGAGAAUAGACUUCAGGCAAAGGAGUUGCAGGCUAACUUUGUGCAUCUUAGCCUUCUAAGCAAAUACUACAAACGUGGGUUCCACGAAUUCUUCUUGACAUAUGAUGCAAACGCAGAAAAGAAUUCAGCAAACUCUUCUACCUAUUUGGCGGAUAGUUAUCGUUUUGGAUGGCUACUCUUUUUGGCACUCCGAAACCAUGCGUUUAGUCGAUUUAAGGACCUCGUGACUUGCUCAAAUGGCGUAGUUUCUAUAUUGGCUAUUUUAAUCAUACAUGUUCCUUGUCGGUUUAGAAAUUUCAGCAUCCAAGAUUCUUCUCGCUUUGUUAAUAAAGGUGACAAAGGUGUAGACUUGGUUGCAUCACUUUGCAAGAUAUAUGACGCCUCUGAAGAUGAGUUGAGGAUAGUAAUUGACAAGGCAAAUAAUUUGGUAGAAACCAUAUUGAAGAAAAAGCCAUCUCCAGCAUCUGAUUGCCAAACUGACAAGCUAGAUAAUAUUGACCCAGAUGGCUUGACCUACUUUGAGGAUUUACUGGAGGAGAUGUCCAUCUCAUCUAGCUUGAUUAUGCUAGAAAAGGAUUACGACGAUGGUAAAGGCGAACUCGAUGAGAGGGUAUUCAUCAAUGAAGAGGAUAGCUUGCUUGGAUCUGGAAGCUUAUCUGCUGGAGCUGUAAAUAUUACUGGUGUCAAGAGGAAAAUUGAUGCUUUGAGCUCACCUGCAAGGACAUUGAUAAGCCCACUUUCUCCUCAUAAGUCACCUGCUGCUAAGACAAAUGGUAUUAGCGGUGCUACCAAGUUGGCAGCAACACCAGUGAGCACAGCAAUGACAACUGCCAAGUGGCUCAGGACUGUCAUAUGCCCGCUUCUGCCAAAACCUUCUCCUGGAUUGGAACAUUUCCUUAAAUCAUGUGACAGGGAUAUAACAAAUGACGUCACACGAAGAGCUCACAUAAUAUUGGAAGCUAUUUUUCCAAAUAGUUCCCUUGGUGCCCAAUGUGGAGGUGGAAGUUUGCAAGCUGUUGACCUGAUGGAUGACAUAUGGGCAGAGCAGCGGAGAUUAGAAGCUCUCAAGUUAUACUACAGAGUUCUUGAGGCAAUGUGUAAAGCAGAAGCUCAGAUUUUGCAUGCAAAUAAUCUGAACUCUUUAUUGACAAAUGAGAGGUUCCAUAGAUGCAUGCUUGCUUGCUCAGCUGAAUUGGUACUGGCUACCCACAAAACAAUUACAAUGUUGUUCCCAGCUGUUCUGGAGAGGACUGGGAUCACAGCCUUUGAUCUCAGCAAGGUAAUAGAGAGUUUCAUCAGACAUGAGGACUCUCUACCUAGAGAGUUGAGACGACAUCUGAAUUCACUGGAGGAACGGCUUCUAGAGAGUAUGGUAUGGGAGAAAGGCUCUUCAAUGUACAAUUCUCUGAUUGUUGCCAGGCCAUCGCUUGCAUUGGAGAUAAAUCAGCUCGGAUUACUAGCUGAACCGAUGCCAUCUCUGGAUGCAAUUGCAGCACUUAUUAACUUCUCUGAAGGAGUAAAUCAUGCAUCAUCUAUUCAAAAGCAUGAAACUUGUUCAGGACAAAAUGGGGGGAUAAGAUCGCCCAAAAGGUUAUGUACUGAUUACCGCAGUAUUCUAGUUGAACGCAAUUCCUUUACAUCACCAGUAAAGGAUCGUCUCUUGGCCUUAGGCAACGUUAAAUCCAAGAUGCUGCCACCUCCGUUGCAGUCUGCAUUUGCCAGCCCAACACGGCCCAACCCAGGAGGCGGAGGAGAAACUUGUGCAGAAACUGGAAUCAAUAUUUUCUUCACCAAGAUUAAUAAAUUGGCUGCUGUCAGAAUCAAUGGAAUGGUGGAAAGGCUACAACUUUCGCAGCAAAUAAGGGAGAGUGUAUAUUGUUUCUUCCAACAUGUACUUGCUCAGCGGACUUCUCUUUUAUUCAGUCGUCACAUUGACCAGAUCAUUCUCUGUUGCUUCUACGGAGUGUCCAAGAUAUCCCAAAUGAGCCUGACUUUCAGGGAAAUCAUAUACAACUACCGGAAGCAACCACAGUGUAAACCAUUAGUUUUCCGCAGCGUUUAUGUGGAUUCGUUACAAUGUCGCCGUCAAGGGAGAAUAGGGCCAGAUCAUGUUGACAUCAUCACAUUCUACAAUGAGAUAUUUAUUCCUGCCGUAAAGCCGUUGCUGGUGGAGCUAGGUCCUGUGAGAAACGACCGGGCUGUGGAAGCCAAUAAUAAGCCUGAAGGUCAAUGUCCCGGAUCGCCAAAGGUGUCUGUGUUUCCAAGUGUUCCAGACAUGUCCCCUAAAAAAGUAUCUGCUGUGCACAAUGUUUAUGUGUCUCCUCUUCGGGGAUCAAAGAUGGAUGCUCUUAUUUCACACAGUACGAAGAGUUACUAUGCUUGUGUUGGAGAGAGUACACAUGCUUACCAGAGCCCUUCAAAGGACCUAUCUGCCAUCAACAACCGCUUGAACAACAGCAGCAGCAACCGCAAGAGGACGCUGAACUUUGAUGUAGAAGCAGGGCUGGUCAGCGAUUCCAUGGUAGCAAAUAGCCUUAACCUCCAAAACCAAAAUCAAAACCAAAAUGUAAGCGAUGGAUUGUCCUCAGGUGCCGCACCCCUUAAAACCGAGCCAACAGAUUCAUAGAUUCUCUCUCUAUUUGCAACGCCAACUUCUUUUCAACUAUAGCAUCUGUAAAUCCUUAUGUUGCAGAGUCUGCUUUUAUGUUUAGCUUUCUAGUUUAUAGUGAUCGCCUCAGGCUAUGAGCGGAUGGAUCCCUUUAUUGUUUCUUUUUCUUAUUUAUCUAAGUUAAGUCCGUCCUAAUAAGCGUUUAUAAAAAAAAUUCUCAGUUCACUCUA